AGAAAACACCGACCUUAUUGUUGAUGACAGGAGGUAACCUUUGGGUUUUCUCUGGGUACCUCUAUUCAUUAACGUGAUUAGCAAUCUAGGCCAGCCUGAAGCGCUUUCCCUCUGCCCUGAUCCGUCUUUCUCCGAAAAGGGUUGUGUGCCAAAGGGUUCUGAUUCGUGCAGGAUUUUGUUAUUGCCUUCUCUGAGACGCUCCAAACCCUCUUUGGCACUUGUUGAUUUUGGAGGUAGACUGCGAACAGCUAAAUAUUUUUCAGGUCAUUUCUUUUAUAGCCAUUGAAAUGCCAUUCACUGCAAGUAUUGUCAGCAGUUUACCUCUAUCGGUGACAGUUAAAACAAGGAGUGGAUGCAAAGAUCGAGUUCUGCAAGCAGGCUGCAGUCCUGUUAGGGUAUCCACUCAUUCUUCUGAUCUACGAAGUGGGUUUAGCAAGCUUGCUGUAUCAGGUCCCCCAGGGCCUGCCAAGCGAUCACAUCCUAUUUAUGGGAGGAAACAUUCUAGUACUAAGCAAUUUGCUUCUAUUACUUGUGCUCUUGCUGCUUUGAAUGCUAGGUGCUCUGCUUCAGGCCAAACUCAAACCCUCACCCGUGAGGCACCAACAAAGGCUCCUGUACGAGAACCGACCAAGACACCAAAACUUGAUGAUGGUGGACCUUCAUUCCCUCCUGGUGGUGGAGGUGGUGGUGGAGGUGGUGGGGGAGGUGGGGGAGAGAACUGGUCAGGCGGAUUCUUCCUUUUUGGAGUGCUUGGUUUUCUAGGCUUCUUAAAAGAUAUAGAGAGCGACUACCAGGACAGCAGGAGAAGAUGAAAGAAGGCAACUUUAUAUCACAAAAAUCAACCACAAGAUUGUGGACUAGUGCCCAUUCUCUUUUAAGAAGGACCCCAGUCCUGCCUCCCUCCUCAGUCCUCACUCAUUGUACUGAUGAAAAAUAUAUCACUAGAAUCUUUUGGACAUUAAUGGCUACCUUGUGAUGGGAUCUAUAGCUCAUUAUUUAAUUCUUUUUAACUCCUUACCAUUAAGCUAAUUCAUUAAAGCUUAUUUACAA